AUGCCUCAACUCAACCCAGACCCCUGAUUCCUUAUUAUAUUAAACAUCAUGAUUAACUUCUCACUAGUCAUCCAACCCAAACUCAUAACUUUUACCUCCACCAACUCCCCCUCCAACAAAACAGCCACAACCACCAAAACCACCCCAUGAGCCUGACCAUGAACCUAA